GUCAAAAUUGGGAGUAAAAUCUUCUGGAAUACCAGCGCGUGAGAGCAGUUUAUAUGGUAACAUCAAGAGUUACCUCCAAAUCCAUCCCCCCUCCCUCUCUCUCCUCCUCCUCUUUAAUUCUUUACUAAUUUCCCCAAAUUUGAAACCAAAAAAAUAAAAUAAGAACAGCUCUUUUUUCUUUGCUCUCUUGCCUUGUCUCAUAACCCCCACUAAAAACAUCAAUCACCUCAUUUCUGAUCGACCCAGAUCAAAUUCUCCCCUAAUACCCUUUUCAACUAAACUUGGGGCCGACCCAGAUGGAAUUUGUCAUUGAGGCCCUGUGAAUUUUAUUGUGUUUUGCGGAAUUUUGGGGAAUUGAUUAGUAUGGGACACUUGCAGUCUUGGCUGCCUAAUGAAAAUGGGUUAUUGGCAGAUUUCAAUCCGCCAACGCCACGGCUGGCGUUUCUGCAGACGAGCCCUCCGCCGUCGGAGAUCAGAGAGGACAGCUGGCGGGCGGCGGAGAGAGAAACGCAGGGAGUGAUUGAGGAGAUCCAGGCGACGGUUGUCUCGGAGCGGCGGAGACAAGAAGUUGUGGAGUAUGUUCAGAAUUUGAUCAGAUUCCAACUCAAUUGUGAGGUUUUCCCAUUUGGUUCUGUACCACUGAAAACAUAUCUUCCUGAUGGUGAUAUAGAUCUUACUGCGCUUGGCCUUCCGAAUUCUGAGGAUGCAUUGGCUCAUAGUGUAUGUCAAGUCUUGGAAAUGCAAGAACAACAUAAUGGUUCAGAGUUUGAAGUGAAGGAUGUGCAAUAUAUUCAUGCAGAGGUUAAACUUGUCAAAUGCCUCAUUCAGAAUAUUGUAGUUGAUAUCUCAUUCAAUCAGAGCGGUGGACUUUCUACGCUAUGUUUCCUUGAACAGGUAGACCGUCUGAUUGGCAAAGAUCAUCUCUUCAAGCGCAGUAUUAUUUUAAUCAAAGCCUGGUGCUAUUAUGAGAGUCGUAUUCUCGGUGCUCAUCAUGGUCUCAUUUCUACUUAUGCAUUGGAAACGUUGGUGUUGUAUAUCUUCCAUCUCUUCCAUACAUCUUUAGAUGGCCCUUUAGCGGUUCUGUACAGGUUUUUAGACUAUUACAGCAAGUUUGACUGGGAUAAGUAUUGUAUUAGUCUAUGUGGUCCAAUCUUGUUGUCAUCUCUACCGGAACUUGUGGCUGAAGCACCAGAAAAUAAUGAGGGUGAUCUAUUGUUCACAAAAGAAUUUCUCAAUAACUGUGUAGAUGAUUUCUCUGUUCUCCCAAGAGGCUAUGAAAACAUCUCUAGAACUUUUCCACUAAAACAUCUGAACAUAGUGGAUCCACUGAAGGAGAACAACAAUUUGGGGCGAAGCGUCAGUAGAGGUAACUUCUACCGAAUACGUAGUGCUUUUAGCUAUGGUGCUAGAAAGCUUGGACAUAUACUUCUACUGCCUUCUGAAAGCAUUGCAGCUGAGAUCAUUUCGUUCUUUGCAAACACACUCGAUAGACAUGGAAGUGGAGAAAGGGCAAAUGUGCAAGAUUCACUCCCUAAUGAUUCUAGUUCCCCAUCUUCAGAACUACUACACCCCGAUGCCAAUGAAGAACUCUGUUACGAGAUGAAUGCUGUCAAACUUUCAGGCUCGGGUAUGCAGAAUGGCAGUAAAGACUCUGGUCCUAGUAACAUUGAAGGAACAGACAAACAUCUGAUUUCAACUAGUGAGAGUAAUAAAUUGCCAAAUAGAAGAUCUUUUCAUGUUCCACACCCUCUCUUUCUUUCCAAAAAUGGGUAUCAUAGGGAGAAUGAUUCCUCCAUUAGCCCUUUACCUUCCAAUGAGGAAGUUAAUGUUUACCCACAAGCAGACUCCAUUGAGAGCGAGUCAACAACAAGUGAUACACUCUGGCUUAGUCCUCAUAGGGCUCUUGCAUCAAGUUGGAACACUGAACAGUUAGGUAGUUCACAAGCAGGAGGCAGUUCAUUGGCAGGGUCUGAAAGAAAUGGGGCCAGUUCGAAGUCAAAAAAAUUGGCAGAUCUUUCUGCAGACUUUGACUUGCACAUUAGAAACCUUUUAUAUGUUCAAUGGAGCCAAGAGUAUAUUCUGAGUACUCUCUUACCAAUUUACAGUCAGGCGCCUUACCAGUAUCACAACAAAAACUCUUGGGAUCACCCUCCAAGAGGCGGUGCUUAUUCACCGACGUCAUCUUUUGUUCCUGGUGCUUAUAGCAUAGAAGAUUUGCCAAAGCCUCGGGGGACAGGCACUUAUUUUCCCAAUAUGAACUAUCAUAAUACAUACAAGGAACGACAUUCACCAAGGAAAGGAAAAAGUUCGGGCCUUUCCAACCAGUUCUCAAGACAUCGUAGUAAUCCCCGAGCCGAGAUCUCCAUAAAUGGUAACCUUGAGGAGAGAUGUGAAAUCCCAGUUUUUGGUGGAAGUGGACGUGGCAAGGGAGCUCUUCCAGAUGCAUUUAACUCCUCAAAGAAUUCCUCGAAAGAGACUUCCCCUGCAAAUUCUUUUGCUUUUCCAGCUGAAGGGGGACUUAAUUUUGGAUCCUUUGGUCCUGUUCCAUUGGAGCCAGCCUCUCCAGAGUCAAUUAGAAGGUUAGAUCCCAUCAACCCUCCCAGUCAGGACUUGGGGCUAACAAUCUCUGCAUCUUCAGUGCAAAGAAAUUCGCCAAGUUCAAAUCAUGAAAGGUCUGCCCAGGCCUAUCAACUGAAGGAUGAAGGCGACUUCCCCCCUCUAAGUGGCUGAUAGAAGUUUUAUAAGUUCUCUAUACAUAAAUGAAGGUUAAACCUUUGUAGGAUGAAAAGUGAAAAAUAAAGAAAGCCGAAACAUACUACCUCAUGCAGACAGUUGAGGUAUAUAAAAUAAAGGGCCAGUCCUUGCGGACUGUUGUGAUGCA